AUGAGUCAAUGCCCACUAGGAUUUAAAGGUACACCGCCACCUGGACACCCAAAAGUCGCAGGACUCGACACGUCUUCACCGCCAUCAGCAAGUGAUGCGGCGUCAACGCCAGCCAGCGCAUCAGAAAAGGGCGGGUGGAACCCUUGGCUGCUGUUGGUGGUCGAUGCAGUGUUCAUCUUGGUGGCCAUCUACGUUGCCAAGAACGGUGUGCCACGAGCGAUAGCCGAUCCCGUCAAGGCGGCACUGACAAGGGCGCAACGCAAGGUCGAUACAAAGAUCGAGUGA